AUGACCGAAUCCGAAGUCGCGCGGCCCUCGUUCGCCAGCCGGGCAUCCACGCACUUCCUGAAUUCCCGGGCCACCCUGCGGCGGAUCAUCCGUCCGCUGGCCGGGCCCGGGACACACCACCCGCGCGACCUGCCGACCGGCGCCCGGGCCGGGCCCACCUCGCCGCAUGGGACCCUGCGCCUUCGCCGGGCGGCUCCCUCGCUGGCGGCCUGCUCGGCCUUCGGAUCGGGCCUGCUGGAUCCGGCGGCCGCCCGGGCAUUGGUGAUCGCCUGCCAGAGCGUCAGCGCCGAUGUCCUGGACUCGGAGCUCCUCUCCCGGCACUCCUUCUCGGCCUUUGGCCGGCUCAUGAUCUUGGACUCCUUCAUCGAGCUGGCCGUCGCGCGCGAGGUCGACAACUGCCCCUCGCCGCAGCUCAAAGCCAAGGCCGAAUCCGGCAGUGCCCAGCCCCUGGUUCACCACUUGCAUCGCUUGCGCCAGCCAGAACUCCGCCCGAAGUACCUCAAGCAGCGCACCAUCGCCGAUGCCCAGCACCUGGCCAUGGGCAUUGUCGAGGCGGCCGGCUGCGCGGAGAGCGUGACCUACCUGGCGCAGCUCCUGUCGCAAACGCCCAACCCCGUGCGGCCGAAGAAGAUGCGGCCCUUGCUUCUGGUGCAGUUUGCCCUGCUCCACGGCCAGGCCACCUAUGCCGCGGCUCUGGCCGACCCGGCCGACGAAUGUGCCUAUGCUCGGGCAACGGUGAUUCUCCACCGGCAUGCCCGGAAUACGCUGGCCCUGCUGACGGCCCUGCCCAAGUGCCAGAACCGGGACGGCGUCACGGGGCGCUUGCUUGCCUGA